AUGCGGAAGCCAUCGCUUACUGGGAUUGUGUACGAGACGCUCUUCCCUCGGCAGCGCUCUACUGACCCGGGGUCCUUUGCCUCACACAUUACUCGCAACCUAGUUCCAGAGGUGCGAAUUGAAACAAAUGCCUUUUAUGGACCCCUCGACUGCAUUGAAGCCCAAUAUCCGGGCCUGGAUUAUGCCUAUGCUCCCCACCGCCUCAGACUGGGCCGCUUCCCGUGGCACCGCCGCCUGUUCCGCGCAUUCGACGAACUCAAGCUGACUGAAGAGGAGAUUUCGGGGAUAUGUUGCUGGGAGGGCACCAAGUCGGCGCGCCAGCGCUAUGAAAUGGAGGAGGGCAUCACGGUGCGGGACACGACCGGCGAUACUACCCGCGUUGCGACACCGACACCUCCGCCCGCAGUGAGGAUCCAUCCUGACUUCUACACCUUGACUGAGGAAUCCGAGGAAGAUGAAGAAGAUUACUUUGACAUGAUGGUUGAGACCGGGAGUGAUGACACCGUGCGCGCGAGUAGUUCGCGUACCUCCAGUGCUCUGGCCGACUACCGCCCCUCGUUCGGCGAGGACGAGUACAGCGAUGAGGAAGUGGAGAGCUGUGGCCUGGCUCUCAACAAUCGUCUGUUGGCUGCAACAGCCGCACGAGCCCAAGGUGCCAAUGUGCCCGUUGAUGCGGACUAUGAACAGUGGCUGAAAGAUGCCAACGAGCGCGGCGGCUACGACUGGAUGGUGGCGGCAAUUCGCGCCAACCAGCCAUUGAACAAUCCCGAGGCAGCGAUCUCAUCGCCCUCUAGCCCGAUCGUUGAUGAUUCCGAACCACGAGACCAGGCAAGUGAGGUAGAUGAAGCUAUUCGAUCUGCUAGUCUUGCGGCUGCAAUGCGUGCGGCUGAAUCUCGAUACCCGCUACGAUAUCCAGAUCCGCCUGAGAUCACAGACUUUACACACAUGGCCACACCUCGACGGAGUCCGAACUGGCGCCAGUUCCCGGCAGAGGAUGAUACGGAUUGUCCGAUCACCUCCCAACCCCAGACAGCUCGCACUUCCAACGCAGCACGCUGA